CACCAACAACCCUCACAUCUGACCAUUCCUACGAAUAAUUGCUCUCUGCCCCGCAUUCAAUGGCGCUCUACUCAAUUACAACGUUACUCAUACGUGACUCUAUUCCCAUACAUUUAUUCUACCGUCAUCCACGCAAUGCCUCCUAAACGAGGUCGUCCGGCUAAGAGCGCCGUAGCAGCUGCUGCUGUCGCAACAUCAACUCCAAAGCGGCGCGGUCGCCCGUCUCUCGCUGAAGCUGCCGCUGCUGUCGCGACUCCUGCGUCCAUUGCGCAACCAAAAAAACGCCGUCGCCCCUCGAAAGCCCUCGAAGAUGUCGUUGCGCCUACUGUCGCGCCCGCUGCCGAAGAGCUCAAUGUGCGCCGUGGUGGUCGCGCCAGGAAACUGAACGAGAUGGCUGCUCCCCCGCCUGCUGAGCUUCCCAAACGUGGUGUUCGAGCUCGUCAACAGCCUGCUGCUCCCGCUGAAUCUGAACUCGUUGUAACGGAGCCUAAGCGUCGUGGACGUGCUGCAAAGACAGCCCAAGAAGUACCUGCAGCCGAUCCCGCUCUUCCAAAGCGUAGAGGUCGCGCUCCCAAAGCCGCUGAAGUCCCGACUGUCCCGUCCUCCCCUCCCAAGCGCAAGGGUCGCCCUGCCAAAGCCGCCACUCUCGAUCUCAACCGUGUUGCUGGGUCUCCACGCGUUUCCAAGCGCAAUGCUGUUACCAAAAAAGCCACAGCUCCUACACCUCCAGCCCCACGCAUGAACCCACUAGUUCGCUCCAAGUUGAGGACCCGUGUGGCACCCUCACCAAAGACUCAACCGCAAGAAGUUCUUCAGCCCAAGAAACGGGUUGGCAGACCCCCAAAGAAUGCCGUUGCUACUCCUACAAAGAAGCCAGCUGAUCGUAUGACCAAAGGCGGUCGGGUCACCAAAUCUACGAACACCGCGAAGACUGCUGCCUCCAAACCUAAGGCAACCAAGACUACCAAAACCGUUGCGUCUAAAGCUGCCCCCCGGACCGCCGCUCCAGUUAAACCGCGCAAGCGACGAGGCAUCACUAUUAUGGAGGUUCCCGACAAGCAUGCGAAAUAUCUACAGGAUGUUCUGAAAGGUCUUCUUGAGCAGGAUAAGGCUGAUGCUAGAGCCGCCGAGGAAGAGGCGGAAAUGGCAGACGAUGAAGAAGACGUACCUCCACCACAGGAGCAGACGGAAGAGGCGGAGCGAGAGAAUGCGGACAGCGAUUAUAUUGCAAGCAAGUUGGCAAUCGCCGCACAACUCAAUGGUGACGCUCAUGGUGGCGCAGAGGAAGAUGACAACGCUCGCCCCGAAGACAGGAUUAUCGACUUGGUGGAUGGAGCAUAUGGUGAAGAUCAGGAUGAGCUCGACUUGCCUGCUGCAGGAAAGCCUGCCACAUUUUCCAAAAGCCGGAGUAAUUCAGUAGACUCUGAGCACCUGACGGAUGCGGAAGCCGCAGAAGAACAGCGAGUGGCCACCGAACAAGUGAUUGUCGAAAUGGACAUUCAAGACGCUGAAGAGUUGGAACCACAAGAGCAAGACCGGACUACUGGAGUCCUCCAGUAUCAUCAGAACCAGGUGUCCGAAGUGAUCGAUAUAACUGAUGAAAACCAGUCGGGCAGUGAACAAGAGAACACUGGAGGCCCUAUGAGGUUCGAUGACAUGGACCAUCAGCUUAUCAUUCCGGGGGAGAUGCAGCCCAGCGAUGAAGACAACACCCCUAUCAACUACAACUCUUUGUUUGACGAAUCGCCAUUGGCCACAUCUACCCCGGCUGUCUGUGCUUCUAGUAAAGGUCCUGCACCCUCCUUCUCUACGUCCAGUGUCAUAUCGUCAGCAUUCCCCUCGACAUUUGGCUAG